GAUGAGGCAGAGCUUGUCGUGGCCACGCUUCGUGCUGGUUUGGCGGAGAAGGGCAAGGCGUGGCUCCAGCAAGAGGUGGCGGCCAAAGCCCAACUUCAACUUCGCGCGCUCGCCCGACGGCUGGAUGUGCGCGAACGGGUCGCAGGCAGCAACGUGACCAAGGCAGACCUAGCUGCCGCUGUCGUGGAGAAGCUGUGCCCGCAG